AUGAGUGCAAAUCCCUCACCCUCUCCCCCUCCCAAUCAGGUUUUCAUAGGGACGUUCAUCCACUCCAGGGCCCUCGAUGAGCUAGAGUACCUGCACAACACUGCUGUCUUUGUGGAGGGGGCCACAGGGACGAUUAUUGCCAUCGAGAGGGAAUGUGACCACACCCGCACGCUGGAUGAGACGUUCAACAGGCUGGGAUGGAGUGCUGCCGAGUGCAAGAUAUACGACACCACAUCCCCCACCAGGAGCAACAACACGAGCAGCACCAGCAUCCAAAAUGAGAGCGGCAGCUCACUACCAACACAACCACCACCACCACCACCACCACCUGUGAGGUUCUUCUUCCCGGGCUUCAUAGACACGCACAUCCACGCCUCGCAGUACCCCAACGCCGGCAUCUUCGGCAAGUCGACGCUGCUGGACUGGCUCAACACAUACACCUUCCCGCUCGAGGCAUCGCUGGGCCGCGACCACGCCAAAGCCCGCCGCGUCUACGCCCGCUGCGUAGGCCGCACCCUCGCCCACGGCACCACCUGCGCCGCCUACUUCGCCACCGUCGACGUCGCCGCCACCAACCUGCUGGUGGACCUGUGCCUGGCGCGGGGCCAGCGCGCCCUCGUGGGGCGCGUGUGCAUGGACGAGCCCUCGACCUGCCCGCCCUGGUACCGCGACGAGGACGCCGCGCAGGGCCUGGCGCGCACGCGCGAGUGCGUCGCCCACGCGCGCCGCGCCGACCCGGCCGGGAACCUGGUGCGCCCCAUCGUCACCCCGCGCUUCGCGCCCAGCUGCACGGCGCAGAGCAUGCGCGCGCUGGGCGACCUGGCGCGCGAGGAGCGCCUGCCCGUCCAGACGCACGUCAGCGAGAACAGGGGCGAGAUCGAGCUGGUCUCGGACCUGUUCCCGGCCGAGGCGGGCGGGGGCAGGGGGUACGCGGGCGUGUACGACGCCUUUGGCCUGCUGACGGAGCAGACCAUCCUCGCGCACGCCGUGCACCUCUCCGAGGGCGAGGCGAAGCUGCUUGCCGACCGGGGCACUAAGGUCAGCCACUGUCCCUGCAGCAACAGCGCCAUCACGUCCGGGGCGGCGCGGGUCCGCUGGCUGCUCGAGCAGGGGGUCGACGUCGGGCUCGGCACGGACGUUAGUGGGGGGUACAGCCCGAGUGUGCUGGACGCCGCGAGGCAGGCCGCGCUGGUGUCGCGGCAUGUUGCCAUGGGCGGCGACGAGAAGGCCAAGCUCAGCGUCGAGGAGGUGCUGCACCUCGCCACGCGGGGCGGCGCCAGGUGCGUCGGGCUCGAGGGCGUGGUUGGUGGGUUUGAGGUCGGGAUGCAGUGGGAUGCGCAGCUUGUUGCGCUUGGGGUUGUCGGGGAGGACGGGGAGGGGGCGGAGGGGAAUGUGGAUGUGUUUGGGUGGGAGAGCUGGGAGGAGAUGGUGGCUAAGUGGUUGUUUAAUGGGGAUGACCGGAAUACGACUAAGGUCUGGGUCAAGGGGAGGUUGGUGCAUGAGAGGAGGUCAUAG